AUGAAGAUACUAGUCUUCUUCUUGCUCUGCUGCCUCUUUUCAAAGUUCGUUUGGUCGAGCCCCAGGCGCUACACUGCAAUCUUCAACUUUGGCAACUCUCUUAGUGACACCGGAAACUUCCUCCUUUCCGGGGCACUCGCGUAUCCAGAAAUAAAAAAUCUCCCUUACGGCGAGACAUUCUUCCACCACACGACUGGUCGAUUUUCUAACGGACGCCUCAUUAUCGAUUUCAUAGCCGAAGCAUUUGGACUGCCAUAUCUUCCACCAUAUCUGGCAGUAGCCAAAGGUCCACCUGUCCGUACGGGAGUGAACUUCGCAGUUGCUGGUGCCACAGCACUCGACUCGUCUUUCUUCUAUGCUCAGAAUAUUGGGUUGUGGACAAAUGACUCGUUGAGUGUUCAGCUUGGCUGGUUCCAGAAUUUUAUGAAGUUUCUCUGCACCACAAGACAAGAAUGUGAUGACUACUUCAAGAAGUCUCUGUUUCUGGCGGGGGAGAUGGGUGGCAAUGACUACCUCUUUCCCUUAUUUUCUGGUCAAACCAUGAAACAGCUACGUGCUAUGGUACCACAAGUCGUUGGAGCAGUUGCCCGUGCCAUCCGUAUACUUAUAGAAGAAGGAGCAGUGGAUCUAUUGGUGCCAGGACAGUUUCCAAUAGGCUGUUCCCCCACAAUUCUAACUUUGUAUCAUAGUCCUAACAAAUCGGCAUAUGACCCAAGAACCGGGUGUCUCAAGGCUUAUGAUGCUCUCUUCGAGUACCACGAUAACUACCUCAAGCAAGAAUUGCAAAAAUUGAGAGAAGAAUACCCUCUUGCAAGAAUUAUGUAUGCUGAUUAUUAUGGUUUUUAUGGAGGGGCACUAAAGGCUUGUUGUGGAGAAAGUGGUCCAUACCACUAUAAUGCUUCAGUAAGUUGUGGUGAACCCGGCUCAACUGUUUGCAAAGAUCCAUCGGCUUUCGUCAAUUGGGACGGGAUUCACUUGACCGAGUCUACUUAUCAUCACGUCGCCAAAGGGUUGAUUUAUGGUGGCUUCACAUCUCCACCACUCCUAUCUUAA